CGCAGGGCCAGGUCGCACUUUGUUUCGAAAAUUUUCCGGAGAGUAGUUUCCGUCCGUCUCUACCACUGCCUCUCAGCGUUCGGUUCCGUGACGAUUUAACGAGUGAUUAGGCGAGAAGAAGAUGAAUAAAUUUCUGGCACUGACACUUCUUGCUACGUAUGCCGUAGCAGGACCUACAACGGUGUCCGUGCAGCCGUCUCAAGAUCUGGAUUGUUUAGAGCACGACAAUGCGCUCUUCAGUUGUAUCUUCGUAAAGACCGUCAGUGUUCUCAAUAAAGCGGCUCGAUCGAGUGACAUCAAUGUCAUUGAUGGCGUGACUUUUGUACGAGACACCCCUAUGGAGCGCACUAGCAAAAGUUUCGACAAGACUGAAGUGGAAAUCAUGAAUGAAUUACCACGUGACACCUCCGAUAAGGUGGUAAAACUUCUCAGCAUGCUGUACGAUUCAACCGUCUCUUUUAUGAAGAGUCAUAGUUUGAAACUCAGUAUGCCCGAAAGUUCAAUUUCUCGCGCCUUGAUUGAAGGACGUGGAAAGAUCAAGAAAAUGAUUCUGCCGCUGAUCGCUGCAGCAGGAAUCAAAAUCUUUGCAUUGGUACCAAUCUUACUCGGCGGCUUAGGUCUAUUGGCUUUGAAGGCUUUAAUCUUCGGUAAAAUCGCCCUGCUCGUUGCCGGUGUCAUGGCGUUCCAGAAGCUUUUUGGCGGCGGCGGCAUUGGCGGUAGCAGCAUUGGAAGUAAUUUAUUCAGUAAGAAUCCCGCGCCCGUCUGGUAUGACAACGGUGUCGCUGGAAAUUGGGCCGCCGGUGGGCCCUCAGGAUUACAGCACCAAGGAUAUAGAAGUUUCGACAGGGCUGACACGAAUGUCGACGCCCACAAUUUGGCAUAUUCCGCUCACGCUCCGGUUCCCAACGGUACCGAUUAAGGAGACGAGACUUCUUACUCUUUCCGUGGAAUUAUCUGCCAUGAAGAGACGUAGGAAAGCUCGGAAAUAACCGAAAGCCAUAUUUCGCGGAGCCAAAAAACCUUCUCGAGGCCAUCGGACCCACCUUUGACUGCUAGAUUAUAUAGUAUUUAUAUGUAUACGUUGCAUGUAAUUUAUCUAUCUAAAUAAAUUAUUAACUAAUCGUAUGUA